AGUUGAAUGAGUUGAAUGGAAGAAUAUUUGUAUUCAAUCACACGUGCAUUUGCACAGAAAAAUAGUUCGAUCCGGUCAACUGGAAUGGAAAACUAAUUCAAUUCGCGAUUGAAUGCGCACAGAGAGUUGCCUAAAUGUAACAUACAGUGGAAGCACUCGUGAUUAAGCUUGGAAAAUCUUUUCAAACUCCCGCUCAUCGUUCGUGCAUUGAUGUUAAAGCUAAAAAAUAAAUUCGAAAUUUUGUUGCAUGUAAAUAGUGUAAAUAUGAGUACGUUUAAGCAGAUACUGAAUCCAAUCACGGGCCGUUCCGAAUGGGAACCGCAAUGCGAAAAUUAUGAUUACCAUCAGGAGAUAGCCCGGGCGGCUUUCGCUGAUAUGCUACACGACACUGAGAGGAACCAGAAAUACUACAAAGGGCUGCAGAUUGCCAUCGAUAAAAUUCAUAGACAAGGUGCCAAAGCGAAUGUUUUAGAUAUCGGCACAGGGACGGGUAUCCUGUCAAUGAUGGCUGUUCGAUGUGGCGCAGAUUCAGUGACGGCAUGUGAAGCGUUCAGGCCAAUGGCUGAUUGCGCUGAAAAAAUUAUCGAAAAGAAUGGCAUGAAGGGACUGAUUAAUGUGAUCAAAAAGCGAUCGACGGAAAUAUCAGUAGGCGAUGGUGGUGAUAUGGAGCGAAGGGCGAACAUUCUAGUCACCGAAGUGUUCGACACAGAGCUCAUCGGCGAAGGAGCUAUCAGCAUUUUCAAUCAUGCUCACAACAAACUGCUCGAAAAGAACUGCAUUGUCGUACCGGACUCAGCGACGAUAUAUGCGCAGGUCGUUGAAUGUCCAUUGGCUUGGUCAUGGAAUAUGCCGAAAAUUGUGGCCAAUUUAGAGGGCGAAAUACUUCUAACAACACCGUCUGAUAUUCAACAGUGCCCAGGCUCAGCCGCACUACAUGACAUACAACUGAAUCAAUUUCCUCUAAAGGACGUGAAGUUCGUAACGGAUCCAAUUGCCGUGCAACAUUUCGACUGGUCGGGGAAAACGUUACCGCCACUCGAAAAUUGCUCGUCGACGAAAUUUAUCGCACGGCAAAGUGGUAGCUUACACGUAGUCUUCAUGUGGUGGGAUUUAAAAAUGGAUGCCGGCAAUCAGAUUGUGUUGAGCUGUGCCCCGUUUUGGGCGCAUCCGGACUACGAACAACUGCAGGCUGGCAAUCGAAAGGGCAUUCCUAACCAGAAUGUUAUACCGUGGCGAGAUCAUUGGAUGCAGGCACUGUACUAUCUGCCGACUGUGACGCAAAUUCAACAGUCGGACGAAAUGUACUUGAACUUCAAUCACGACGAAUAUUCGCUGUGGUUUACCGUUACGAAAAUGGAACAGAAACCGACGUCUCUGCGGCAGCCGUUAUGCGAUUGUGGCUUUCAUAAUGCGUACUCGCGAACCAGAUCCGGUCAGUUGAACGACAAUUUGCGAAACAAAAAAUAUUUGAAAGUUCUGGAAGACGAAAUCGCAAAAGAUUCCGUCGUCUUGGUGCUGAGCGAUGGCUCGUUGUUGGGCUUGGCCAUAAGUAGACUGAGCGCUAAAGUGUACUGCUUGGAAUCGAAUCGCUACUCCAGCAAAGUGCUACAGAGCUACGUCGACGCCAACCAGUUGAACAACGUGAAAAUCGUGAAUUGUCUCGGUGAAAUUGACAAUUUGGACGAGAUCACGUGCGUGUUCGGAGAACCGAGUUUUUUGUCGGCGCUGGUGCCGUGGGACAAUUUCUACUUCGGAACGUUGUUGAACCAGAUUGCGUCGAAACUGCGAAGCGAUGUGGUUAUCAUACCACGACAGGCGACCAUUCAUGCGGUGGCUGUGGAAUUUUUGGAUUUGCAGAAGAUUCGAUCACCGUUGGGCAUUUGUGAGGGCUUCGAUUUAGCCAUUUUUGACGAAUUCGUGGAGAAAUCAGCCAACCUAGCCGACUCAAUCGUUGAGCCGCAACCACUGUGGGAAUAUCCAUGCCGAGCGCUCGGCAAACCGAAGGAAUUGCUGAAGGUCGAUUUCGCAAAGUUUUUGGAAACGAAGAAAACGACCACCGAGCACAAGUUUGAAGUAUCCGGCUCGUGUAACGGUGUUGCUUUGUGGGUGGACUGGCAUCUGACAGGCGAUUCGAACAAAAAGACGACCGUAACAUCCGGGCCAUGCACGGACAUCGAAGUUGAUAAGUUCAUCGAUUGGGACAUUCACUCCAGGCAAGGCGUUCAUUUGCUGCCCCAUGCUAAGCAUGUCGAUCCGAAUCGAACGAUGACAUGCGAAACCACAUUUCUACCAGACGACGGUGAUAUUUACUUCAAAUUUGACAUAAAAUAACGUCCUUAAGACUGACAAAACGUUCCGAUUCAAUAAAACUCUGAGCGACAGAAUUUUGUGUAAA